CCUAACGUCAGUCCCUUAUAAUGGUCGCAGCUGUUGCGAGAGGGAAAAGCUCCUGCUAUCGUUUUGCUUUUGAGAGAGCCCAAAAGCUUCUUCAUCCGCUCGCCAUCGUCUCCCCAGAUUUCGAACUCGAGUUCGAUUCCCAUCUCGGCCUCGCAGAAGCAUGGCGUGGCCUCUGAUUCUCGCCAUUACCUUCCUCGUCAUCAACAUUGCUCUCUUCGCGUCCACCUUCUAUCAGAUCCUGUUAUUAUCGGAUCUGGAGGCAGACUACAUCAACAUGUAUGAAGCAGCUUCUCGGAUCAAUGGAUUGAUCCUACCUGAUUUUAUCUUACAAGGAGUUCUCAGCGUGCUUCUACUGAUGACUGGACAUUGGUUCAUGUUUCUAGUUUCAGUCCCUGUUACUUGUUAUCACGUAAUGCUGUAUAUAAAACAGCGGCAUCUAAUUGAUGUGACUGAAGUAUUUAGAGUUCUUGCAGCCGAGAAAAAAUAUCGGAUGGUGAAGCUUGGUUUAUUAUCUGUUCUCUUUCUCAUGGUUAUAUUCAGAUUUAUUCGUGCUGGCCAUUUGUUAUUUCGAGGUCCCCAGUUUGGAGAUUUAGAUAUUCGCUCAUCGUUCCUGGAGUUCUAGAAAUUAUUUGCUUCAGUUUUUCUCAUUUAAGAAGGCUUGUGUUGUCUAUUUUUGAAUCUUUUGUCGAUGACGAAGACGCCUUGCAUUCAUUUUGAUAAAUGCAGCUGGGGGAAGUAUAAUAGUGCCACGCAUUGCAAAUGGCGUCAUACAUCAAACAGAAUUGUGUUAAGAGUCGGCUGGUUUAGGCUAGUAUCAUUGGUUAGAGUGGCUUUUUUUUAUCUUGAUUGGCGAGCUACCAUCGACACGCUCAGACCUGAAUUGCACUCUGAUGGUACUGUGGAAUAGUUUAUAAGAAUCUUGGGUUGCUUUUAAGCACCAUUUGGAUGUUGCUACAAAGGCCGGAUGAGAAAUUUGUGCAUUUGUAGCUGGCUGUGGGAGUUGGGAACCU